AUGCGGCUCCUCGGUCCCCUCACCCGGCCCCGGGGACAUCCCAAGGGAUGUUGGGGACAUCCCGGGGGCGCCAUCCCCAACAUCCCUACCCCACGGCUCACCGCACCCACCGCCAACCGCGGCACCCGAGUGACCCAUCCGUGUCCCGGCUCGGCCCCAGAAGAACCCGGCAGCUCCGUGUCGGAUUGGGAAACCCACACGGAUACGGACAGUGGACAUUUGUUUUAUUAUAACCCGGUGACGGGCGAGACCACGUGGGAUUGUCCCUUUGGGCAGGCAGAAGAUGGAGUGAGUCCCGUCGCCUCUCCCGCCUCCUCGCUCGCCCACAGCCCGGAGUUUUCCGAGUGGGAACAGCACAUGGACGAAGCCAGCGGACAGGCUUUUUUCUAUAAUUCGGUAACAGGUGAGACGUCGUGGGACCCCCCCCACGCAGGAGACAGCAGCAGCUCCCAGGAUAUGUACCCUGGGGUGACGCGGUACGGUCCCAUGGAUCAGAGGCCACCGACUCCGGAAACGGACUAUCCUGACCUGUCUCCAGAUGAGCUGGAGGGUUAUCCCGAGGAGGACUACUCACCCGUGGGCUCCUAUGAUCAGGGGAGCGCUCUCUGUCUGUCCCUGAGGCGCCCCGAGGAGCUGGGCUCACCCCCGGGCUGGUACGGGCACAGCCACCCCGAGGGAGCCGUGUUCUACCCCGAGCACUUCGCCUCCGAGACGUUUAAAAACCUCGAAAAAGCCGGAGUGCUCAACCGAACCAAGACGGUGGACAGAGGGAAGCGGCUCCGGAAGAACUGGAGCUCCUCCUGGACGGUGCUGGAGGGGGGGAUCCUCACCUUCUUCAAGGACUCCAAGCACUCGGCGGCCGGUGCCUUGCGGCACCCCAGCACCCUGACCACCCCCGAGCACACGGUGGAGCUGCGCGGGGCCACCCUCACCUGGGCCGGCAAGGACAAGUCCAGCAAGAAGCAUGUCCUGGAGGUGAGCCCGGUGACAGCGGAGGGGGACAGAGAUCAGAUUUUCGGCUGCUCCCUGCAAGCGCUGUGCGAGCGGGAGCGGGGGACGGUGCCCCGCUUCGUCCUGCAGUGCAUCCAGACCGUGGAGAGGAGAGGUCUGGACAUCGAUGGGCUGUACAGGGUCAGCGGCAACCUGGCCACCAUCCAGAAACUGCGCUACAAAGUGGAGCACGACGAGCACCUGGACCUGGAUGAUGGGCGCUGGGAAGACAUCCACGUUGUCACCGGGGCACUGAAGCUCUUCUUCCGGGAGCUGCCGGAGCCACUCGUCCCCUUCAGCCACUUCGACAAGUUCAUCGCUGCCAUCAAGAUGCAGGACCCGACCAGGAAGGGCCGGUGUGUCCGUGACCUGGUGUUCUCCCUCCCACCUGCCCACCACGACACCAUGAAGGUCCUUUUCCGCCACCUCUCCAGGGUGAUCGAGUACAAGGAGGAGAACCGCAUGUCGGUGCAGAGCAUCGCCAUCGUCUUCGGCCCCACGCUGCUGCGGCCAGCGAGCGAGGAGGGGAACAUGGCCAUGCACAUGGUCUUCCAGAACCAGGUGGUGGAGCACAUCCUCAACCAGUAUGGCUACAUCUUCCCUGAUGGCUAA